GGCAUAGAACAACAUUACUAGAAUUUUAAUCAAGUAAAAUGUCUCAUAUCUAUAAUUUCAGGAGCUGAAACCUUUACAAGGGUGACCAGACGAACUAAAAGCUAACGUAACAUUUCCUGUUACUUCUUUAAUUUCAAAAUUCUUCGUUCCUAUUAUAUUCACGUUUCCUUGAUUUAAACAGAAAAGCAAGUUGAGAUGGACGAGUUCGUUGGUGCUGCUGGGGGCUUGCGCAUCCCCAAGAAGCCAAGGAAGAAGUCAAAGACUUCAACUGUGGCUGAGAAAGGGGUGACAGAGGGAGGGUUACUGUCCAGCACUUCUGCUCGGGCUGUGGAGGUGCAGCCAAGGCCGGAGCAUACGACGGGAGGAAGUGAGGACGUGGUGGAGUUCGUGCCCCGGUCUUCUUCUCCGGAAGUUAAUCCUGAAGAGAGGGAGAGGGGCGAGGUCGAAGUGCGAGACCUUGGUGGGGGCAGGGAGCGCACCCCUCCGCACGUGUGCCAGAAAAGUUUGUUUGAGGCGACAAACAAGACUGGGGCGAAGCACUUCCUCAACGCUACCCUUCCUGAGGUGGAUAGGGUGCGGGCGAAGGACGAGGUGGUUAGCCAUGCAAGGUAUACCAUUGUGAGGCAUGCCCUGGAGAGUGCGAGCUGGACAAACGCUCUAGCGCAGGAGUAUGCAGAGAGCGUUAGAGACCGUGCCAGCUUGCAAAGGCAGUGUGACCAGCUCCAGAGGGAGAAGGAUAAGCUGCAGAAGGGGAAGGUGGAAUGGGAGAAGCAGAAGAAGGAGAUGCAGAGGAGGCUGGAUGAAGUUCUCCCUUCAGUGACCGAGCUCCAGAACGAAAAUGAUGUCCUGAGCACGAAGCUCGGCCUCGAAGAACGUAAAAGGAAGAUCUGCGAGGAGAAGCUCGAGGCUCAGGACAAAUAUAUGGACAAGAUGAGGAGCGCAGCCGCGGAGCUGAAGAAGAACGUGAACCUGCUGGUUCACAACGGGAUGGAGGAGCACAUUGGCAACUUCCUCAACUCCAGCACUUUCGAGGACAUCCUCAAACUCUACCGGCUGCCAACCGCGAUCGUGGCCUUCACUGACUGUAGAAAGAAAGUGAAGGCUUAGUACCCAGAGGUGGACGUGACAACAGUCACCUU